UUUUUUUUUUUGAAGGGCGGGCUGAGGGGACAGAGACUUCACUCGGGAGCCAGAACCAGUUUUCAGCAUGGGAUUUUAAGAGAAGAGAGAGGCUGUCACUGCAGUAGUCACUGUCCUGGUAAAUUAACCGUUGCACGGCCCAGAGGCGGCUCCGUGGCGACCAAUGGGGGCCGAAGCCUGCGAGGAUGCUGGAACUGUAGCUCUGGCAUAGGUCAGCGCAUGAGGUCUGAGGGAACUCGCCUGCUGGCUCUGGUCCACCUUCUCCAAUCCCUGUCUGCCAGGAGAAGACUAUCUCUUGAGAAAGGAAGGAGUUCUGUGCCCCUGAGAACCUACUGUCUGGUCCUGGCUGCAUGGAAAAAAGACGGGUUUUUACAAUUAAGGUUGGAAGAAGGCAGCAGAAUCCAUCUUGAGAUGAAAUAACAUGUACCUGGACCUCUGGCAGAAUUUCAAGGCACACACUGGGCUGACUCUGGGGCCAUGAUGUUGCCUUAUCCUUCAGCACUGGGAGAUGAAGACUGGGAGGAGAUUUUCCUUUCAACGAAUGGGGAAAAUUUAGAGACCAUGAAGAAAUUGGCUCAAAAUCAUAAAGCAACAGGCUUGCCUUCUAAUGAUACUUACUGGCCCCAGGAAAAGGAGGGAAAGGCCCAAAUAGUGGUACCAGUUACAUUCAGGGAUGACUUCACGGAAGCAGAAUGGAAGAGACUGAGUCCAGAGCAGAGGAAUCUAUACAGAGAAGUGAUGAUGGAGAAUUAAAGGAAUCUUCUCUCAUAGGCAGAGCCAAAGCCAGAAAUCUACCCUUGUUCCUCCUGCCUUCUGGCCUUCUCUUUUCAGCAAUUCCUCAGCCAACAUGUGCUUCAGAUCUUCCUGGGCUUACGUGCAGAAAAUCACUUCCAUCCAGGGAAUUCUAGCCCAGGGCACUGGAAACAGCAGGGGCAGCAGUAUCCCCAUCAAAGCUGCUGGAAUGAAAACACAGAAGAUCAGGAGAGAGGAGGUGGCUCCAAACCCUGGUCUGCAAGGACAGAGGAGAGAGAAACCUCAAGGGCAUUCCCCAGCCUACUCCAAAGACAGUCAGCAAGUCCUAGAGAAGGCAACAUGGUGGUAGAAAUAGAGCCCAGCUCAGCCCAAAGAACAAACCCUGUGCCCAAAGACUUGAAGGAAUUAGAAACCUUGAGAUUUGGAGCAAUCAACUGUAGAGAGUGUGAACCAGACCAUAGCCUGGAAUCAAACUUUAUUACAAAUCCAAGAACCCUCUUAGGGGAGAAGCCCUACAUUUGCAGUGAUUGUGGGUGAGGCUUUAAAGAUGGAUCAACCCUCAUCGGACACCAUUGGACACACUCGAUGGAGAAGCCUUAUGUGUGCAGUGAGUGUGGGUAAGGUUUUAGCCAGAAGUAUAACCUCAACAGACCCCAGAUAACACAUUCAGAAGAGAAGCCUUAUUUGUGCAGGGAGUGUGGGCAAAGCUUUAGAAAUAAGUCCAUCCUCAAUAGACAUCAGUGGACUCACUCAGAGGAGAAGCCCUAUGUUUGCAGCGAGUGUGGCCGAGGCUUUAGCGAGAAGUCAUCCUUCAUCAGACACCAGAGGACACACUCAGGUGAGAAACCCUAUGUGUGCCUAGAGUGUGGAUGAGGUUUUUGUGAUAAGUCAACCCUCAGAAAACACCAGGGGAUUCACUCAGGGGAGAGGCCUUAAAUUUGCGGGGAGUAUGGGUGAGGCUUUAGCCAGAACUCAGAUCUCAUCAAACACCAGAGGACACACUCAGAUGAGAAGACUUAUGUUUGCAGGGAGUGUGGGAGAGGCUUCUGCGACAAGUCAACCCUCAUGAUACACAAGCGGACGCACUCUGAAGAGAAGCCUUAUGUGUGUGGUGAGUGUGGAUGAGGCUUUAGUCGGAAAUCAUUCCUCGCUGUCCACCAGAGGACACACUCGGGGGAAAAGCAUGAUGUUUGCAGGGAGUGUGGGUGAGGUUUUGGCCAGAAGUCAAAUCUCACCAGAUAUCAGAGGACACACACAAAUGAGAAGCCUUGUAUUUGCAGGUAAUGUGGGUGAAGCUUUUGUGACAAGUCAACCCUUAUUGUACAUGAGAGGACACACUCAGGAGAGAAGCCUUACGUGUGCAGCGAGUGUUGCCGAGGCUUUAGCCAGAAAUCACUCCUCCUUGUCCACCAGAGGACACACUCAGGGGAGAAGCAUUACGUUUGUAGGGAGUGCGGGCGAGGCUUUAGUAAGUCGAAUUUCAUCAGGCACCAGAGGACACACUGAUGGGAGAAACUAUGUAUGCAGCGGUCAUGGGCAAGACUUGAGUGAUCAGUCAAGCCUCAUGUUACCCGAGAGACACGUGGGGAAUAGACCCUGUGUAUGCAGAAUGUGAGUGAAGUUCCAGAGAUGUGUCGACCCUUAUCUGGCAUGGGAGGGACACGUUCAAGAGAGGAGCCUUAUGAGUAUAGAGUGUGCACAGAGGAUACACUGAGGAGAGAAGUUUCAUUUGUGUAGUGACCGUGGGAAGGAGGUCUUUGCUGCAGGGUGUCCGGGCAAAGCAUUUGUGAUCACACACCACAGGGAGAAUUGGCAUGUGGGGACACUGGAGCUCUGCUGAGAUGACCUUUUCACGGCUAACAGCUCAGCUGCCUGAGAGAACAGUGUUGCUGCUGGCAGAGAUGCCCUCCACUCUGGAACUCGCUCUCAGCCACAGGGAGCUGCACACUCUGGGGGUAUGCAUCUUCGCAGGGGUAGCUCCUGGCCCCACGCUUGACUCAACUGGGACAACUCCAGAAGGUCAUUCCAGAUCCGGAGGUCCCAGUCGAACUGAAGGAUCACUGGGUUGCAGACACAUUGCAGGUCAGCCUCUUCCUCUGCCCAGUCCUGCCCUUACUCCCCAAUGAAUCCUCAAUUUUCCA